CAACCCUCUUCACUGUAAGUACUUGUAGAGGUACAUGAUUUGCUCCCGAAAACACCAUCUCAGGUCCUUGAGGCAGAUGUGUGAUUGUAUAGUUCCUAAUUUGUGUUGUGCUUCAAUCGCUCAUUUCAACAACUCUUAAUGAUACUCUCAUAAAACUAACAAAGUCGAACACAAACAAUUUGGAAACCUGUGGCGUUCUUGCAGGGUCACUCAUUAAUCAGAUCUUCUAUGUCAUAGCGCUUUUGUCAUCCCUAAAAAAGUGAAAUCUUUCUUUCUAAUAUGAUAUCAAGUCAUAACCUUUUGAAUUAUAUGCUCUGUAUUUGUUUACUGAAGUUUGUCAAUAUUUGCAUCAGUUUCUUAGUUUUUUAUGAGUUUGUUCUCUUUGAGUAUUUUAAAAAUAAUGCAGGAGGGGGUUUAACGUUCCGAGUGAAUAUGAGAAUAUAACGAUGGCAAGUGUGAAGAAAAAGCAAAACCAACUAGAAUUUCUCAUGCAUUGAUGGGAUCUCCGACUUUGGUUGUCUGGUUUGUCCUUGAAACAGGUUUUAUCCAAUUUUGCCUCAACAAAGUCAGAUUUAAGGUAACCUGUUUUUGUGUUGUAGAGAGGUUAGAAAGUGCACAGGAAAUCUAUAGGUUGAUCCCCAAAUUUUAUUGCUUCUUCAGGCAUAUGGCAUUAUCUUGGCUGUUUUCUGAAUGCAAAAAUCAAGAUUUCGAGUAUUAUCUUGCUUUUGAUCAUAACAGAUUCCAUGUCGACCCAUAUGGAAACGUGUUGUAUUAUCUUGCUGAUUCAGCCUCUCCUCUAGCUAGGAAUGUUCUUCAUUAGUUUCCUUCCCCCAGCACUGUCUUUGCGCAAACAGGCAUCGUUCUUCCGCAUCAGUCUCUCUUUGCUUUACACCUUCGGUCGAUAAUACUGUGUGAUUUAGAACGUUAUGGUAAUGUGUUUGAUAAGGGGACUCUGCAACAAAUCUGUGCAUAGUUAGGUGGGACAAGCUGAAAUGGACUUAUUAGAAGUUGAUCGUAAUACAAAGAUAAAAGAAGUUAUCUUUUCCACUUUUAUUAUAAAUGAUUUUGGGACGAUCAAUUUUGGUGGUGAUAUGAAGAUAAGUGAGAUUAUCUAUGUUUUAUGCUGAUUUAAAUUAAAAUUUACUUGUACUU